AUGUCUGCUGAAGAAUCUAAUAACAUUGAUUUCCUCUUAUAGAAAGGAUUGGAAUUCUAAGAAAGUGGAAACUUUGAUGAAGCAGUUGAGUAUUUCAAUAGAGUUCUUAAUAUUAAUCUUAAUCAUGAAGAUGCCAACUACAAUCUUGGAUUUACUUAUGAAAAAUAAGAUAAACUUGAUCAAGCAUUAGAAUGCUAUAAAAAAGUAAUUUCAAUAAAUCCAAGUUAUAUUAAGGCUUAUGUCAGUAUAGCUAGGGUUUAUUUUAAUUAAGACAAUUUAGAUGAAUCUAUCAAAUUCCUUGAAAAAGCUAUAGAGAUAGAUCCUAAUUAUGCUGAAGCGUAUGAAAGAUUAGGAUGGGUAUAUGAAAACUAAAACUUAAUAGAUCAGGCAAUUGAUAGCUAUAAAAAAGCGAUUGAAAUAGAUCCUAAUCAUUUAGAUAGUCACUAUAGUUUAGGAGUUGUAUAUGAAUCUUAAGGAAAAAUAGAUGAAGGUAUUGAGCACUACAAAAAAAUGCUUGAGAUAGACCCAAAUAACAUAAAAGCUCUAAUUAACUUAAGUCGUAAUUAUUUUUGUGAUUUAAUGCAUGAGGAUGCAAUAAAGUGCCUUAAUAAAGUGAUAGAAAUAGAACCAAAGAAUAAGGUAGCUUACGAGAGACUCGGGUUUAUCUACGAGAACUAAAAUAAGAUCGAUGAAGCUAUAUAAAAUUACCAAAAAGUUAUUGAGUUAGAUCCAAAUUUUUAAAGUGUUUAUAUUAGUUUAGGAUUUAUGUAUUUUACUAAAAAUAUGGAUGAAGAAGCUAUAGAGUGUCUAAAAAAAGGAAUUUAAAUAAAUCCAAAAUUUGUUUAGGCUUAUGAAAGAUUAGGUUAUGUUUACUAAAUGAAAAAUAUGACAGAAGAAGCUUUUGAGUAUUAUAAAAAAGCAAUUGAGAUAGAUCCAAAGUACUUUGAGGCAUAAUUUAAUUUAGGUCUUUUGUAUUACAACUUAAAAAUGGUUAAUGAAGCUGAAGUAUGCUAUUUGAACGCUUUAUAAAUUGAUCCUUUAGACAUUUAUACUCAUUACAACUUAGGUCUUGUUUAUGAAACAAAAAAGAUGUUUGAUAAAGCACUAAGUUGCUAUUAAAAAGCUAUUGAAUUAAAUCCUAAAUAUCUCAAUGCUUAUAUAAGAUCUGGUAAUAUAUACUUAGAGACAAAGAAACAAGAUGAUGCAAUUCAAUGCUAUUAAAAAAUACUUGAGUUAGACCCAAAUUAUGUAGAUGCAAUCAAUAAUUUAGGUAUUGUUUAUGAAGAAAAAAAGAUGCUUGAUGAGUCUAUGGAGUGCUAUAAAAAAGCUUUAUAAAUAGAUCCAUUAUACGUUAAGGCUCACUAUAACUUAGGUAUUGUGUAUGAACUUAAAAAAAUGCAUGAUCAAGCUAUUGAAUCUUAUGAAAGAGCAAUCGAAAUUGAUCCGAAGUAUAUCAAUGCUUAUAACAAAUUGGGAAAUAUCUACUUAGAUAAAAAAAUACUCUAUAGUGCUCUAAAUUACUACAAAAAGGCAUUAGAAAUAGAUCCAAAUUAUGUUAAUGCUUACAAUAACAUCGGGUUAGUUUAUUAUGAUAAAAAGAUGUUUGAUGAAGCUCUUGAAAGUUAUAACAAAGCAAUUGAAAUCAACCCUAAAUAUAAUUAAGCUUACUAUAAUUCGGGACUUGUAUAUGAGUUAAAAAAUCAAAAGGAAACAGCAAUUGAAAAAUAUGAGAAAGCAAUCGAACUAAGUCCUAAGUACAUUAGUGCACUGAUUAGAUUGGCAGAUAUUUAUGCAGAUUCGCAAUAAUAUCAGAGAGGAAUAGAAUGCUUCAAAAGAAUACUUGAGAUUACUCCAGAUAGUGUCUAUGAUAACUACAGAUUAGGAUAUAUUUAUUAUUGUCUGAAAAACUUUGAUGAAGCUAUGUAUUACUACAAAAAAGCAUUAGAAAUAAAUCCAAAUUACAUAAAUGCCAUAAAUAAUGUUGGCUUAGUUUAUUACAACUAAAAAAAUUAUGAAGAAGCACUUAAAUGUUACGAAAAAGCUAUUGAAAUUGAUAAAAAUUACUUUUAAGCUCACUAUAACUCAGGGAUUUUAUAUGAAGCAAAAAAAAUGAUUGAUGAAGCACUUGAUUGCUACAAAAAAGUGAUGGAAAUAAAUCCAAAUUACUUCAGCGCCUUAAUAAGAUCUGGUAACAUAUAUUUAGAUAAAUAUAUGACUGACAAUGCACUUGAAUGCUUCAAAAAGAUAUUAGAAAUCGAUCCAAAUUACAUUGAUGCUAUUAAUAAUUUAGGUAUAGUCUAUGAAGACAAAUAAAUGUUUGAUGAAGCAAUAGAUUGCUAUAUAAAGGCAAUCUAAAUAAAUCCUAAUUAUGUCAAAGCUCAUUACAAUUUAGGUGUCCUUUAUGAAAAUAAAUUUAAGUUUGACGAUGCUCUUGCCUGCUUCCUAAAAGUGAUAGAAAUAGAUCCCAAAUAUAUGAGUGCAUAUAAUAGGGCUGGUAAUAUAUAUUUAGAUAGGUAAAUGAAUGAAAAAGCUCUUGAAUUCUACAAGAAAGCUUUAGAAAUAGAUCCUACAUAUGUAAAUGCUUACAAUAACAUAGGACUUAUAUUUUACAAUUAGAGGAAACUAGAUGAUGCCUUAGAAUAUUACGAUAAAGCACUAUAAAUCAACCCAAAUUAUUUUUAAGCUCAAUAUAAUUCCGGACUAGUUUACGAAUUAAAAUUUUAGAAUGAAUUAGCUAUUCUAUGUUACACAAGAGCUCUAGAAAUAAAUCCUAAUUAUACUAAUGCGCAAAUAAGAUUAGAAAAUAUAUUGCUCAAGGAUGGAAUAAAGUAAGAAGAAUUAGAAGUCUUAAAAAAAAAAGCAGAAGAAAAUACGAACAAUCCCGAAGACUAUUAUAAAUUGGGAUAUGUUUACUACACUAAUUUCAACAUGGAUGAAGCUAUUAGCUGCCUUAAUAAAGCAAUAGAAAUCAAUCCAAAUUAUUCAGAAGCUUAUGAUAAGUUAGGUCUCAUUUAUGAAGAAAAAAAAAUGGAUGAGAAAGCAAUAGAAUAUUACAAAAAAGCUAUAGAAAUCGACUCAAAAUGCUUCAAUGCUAUAAAUGGUUUAGGAAACAUUUAUUUAGAUUAAAAAUUGACUGCUGAAGCAAUAAAAUGCUACAUGGCUGCUCUUGAACUAGAUCCUAAAUCUGUAAAAACUCAUUACAAUUUAGGAAUUUCUUUUGAAGAUGAACGUAACUAUGACUAGGCAGUUUAUCACUACAAAAAGGCUGUAGAAUUAGACCCAAGAUAUAUUAAUGCCUAUAAUAAUUUAGGACUCAUUUAUGAAAUGAAAGGUAAGCUAGAUGAUGCUCUUACUUGUUAUCAAAAAGCGUUGGAAAUAAAUCCUAAUUAUGUGAAUGCACAUAAUAAUGUUGGGUUAGUUUAUUAUGCUUAAAAUAAAAUGGAAGAUGCUCUAAUUAACUAUAGAAAAGCUCUUGAACUUAAUCCAAAUUAUUAUUAGGCUCUCUAUAAUUCUGGACUUAUCUAUGAAACCUAUUACAAGUAGAUUGAUUAAGCUAUUGCGUUCUAUAAAAGAGUUAUUGAGCUCAGUCCAAAAUAUUUUAGCGCAUAUAUUAGGCUUGGAAAUAUUUAUUUAGAUUCAAAAAUGAUGGAUGAAGCUCUUGACUGUUAUUAAAGAAUACUUGAAAUAGAUCCUAAUUAUAUAGAUGCUAUUAACAAUCUAGGUAUUGUUUAUGAAGAAAAAGAAAUGCUCGAUGAGGCAUUGAAAUGCUAUAGAAGGGCAAUAGAAUUAAAUCCUAAAUAUACCAAAGCGUAUUAUAAUAUGGGUAUCAUCUAUGAAGAUUAAAAUAAAUUUGAUGAUGCUAUUAAUUGUUACAAAACUAUAAUUGAAUUAGACCCUAAGUAUAUUAAUGCAAUUAACAGAUUAGGUAAUAUUUACUUGGAUCUUUAAAAUGACGAUGAAGCUCUUGCCUGCUAUCAAAAGGCUCUUGAAAUAAACCCUAAUUAUCUCUAUGCUUUUUAUAAUUUAGGACUUGUUUACUCAGAAAAAAAGAAAAUAGGAAAAGCUAUAUAAUGUUAUCAAAAGGUCAUUUCAAUAGAUCCAAAAUAUAUUGAUGGUUACAUAAAUUUAGGAGUAAUUUUCGAUGAAAAAAAAUAGAUGAAUAAAGCUUUAACUCAAUAUAAAAAAGCUCUUAAAAUUGAUCCAAAUGACCCAGACUGUGAACAAUACAUAGCAUAAUCUAAAUCCUGGUUAUGA